AGCACCUGUGUGUGCAUCCUGGGUGAAAGCUUAGAAGUUGGGUCACCGAGGGACACUCCAGCCUGGGGGACGGUUGCCUGCAGGACUUCUGUGAGCAGCCUCCAUGAGGCCCUGGACCAGUGCAUGAUCGCCCUGGACCUCUUCCUCACCAACCAGUUCUCAGAAGCACUCAGCUACCUCAAGCCCAGAACCAAGGAGAGCAUGUACCACUCGCUGACAUAUGCCACCAUCCUGGAGAUGCAGGCCAUGAUGACUUUUGACCCUCAGGACAUCGUGCUGGCUGGCAACAUGAUGAAGGAGGCACAGACGCUAUGUCAGAGGCACCGGAAGAAGUCCUCUGUAACAGACUCCUUUAGCAACCUGGUGCAUCGCCCCACGAUGGACCAGUUCACAGAAGAGGAAAUCCAUGCUGAGGUCUGCUAUGCAGAGUGCCUGCUGCAGAGAGCAGCUCUGACCUUCCUGCAGGAUGAGAACAUGGUGAGCUUCAUCAAGGGCGGCAUCAAAGUUCGAAACAGCUACCAGACCUACAAGGAGCUGGACAGCCUUGUGCAGUCCUCACAAUACUGCAAGGGAGAAAACCACAGACACUUUGAAGGAGGUGUGAAGCUCGGUGUGGGAGCCUUCAACCUGACGCUGUCCAUGCUUCCUACCAGGAUCCUGCGGCUUCUGGAGUUUGUGGGAUUUUCAGGAAACAAGGACUACGGGCUGCUGCAGCUGGAGGAGGGCGCGUCAGGACACAGCUUCCGCGCUGUGCUCUGUGUCAUGCUGCUGCUCUGCUACCACACCUUCCUCACCUUUGUGCUCGGUACCGGGAAUGUCAACAUCGAGGAAGCAGAGAAGCUCUUGAAGCCCUACCUGAAGCGAUACCCUAAGGGCGCCAUCUUCCUGUUCUUCGCCGGGCGGAUUGAAGCCAUAAAAGGCAAUGUUGACAUAGCCAUCCAGCGGUUCGAGGAGUGCUGUGAGGCCCAGCAGCACUGGAAGCAGUUCCACCACAUGUGUUACUGGGAGCUGAUGUGGUGCUUCACCUACAAGGGCCAGUGGAAGAUGGCCUACUUCUAUGCCGACCUGCUCAGCAAGGAGAACUCCUGGUCCAAGGCCACCUACAUCUACAUGAAGGCCGCCUACCUCAGCAUGUUUGGAAAGGAGGAUUACAAGCCGUUCGGGGAUGAUGAAGUGGAGCUGUUUAGAGCAGUGCCUGGCCUAAAGCUCAAGAUUGCUGGGAAAUCUCUACCUACAGAGAAGUUUGCUAUCCGGAAGUCCAGACGCUACCUCUCUCCCAAACCGAUCUCGUUGCCAAUCCCUGCUCUGGAAAUGAUGUACAUUUGGAAUGGCUACGCUGUGAUUGGGAAGCAGCCGGAACUCACAGACGGGAUACUUGGGAUUAUCACCAAGGCUGAAGAGAUGCUGGAAAAGGGUCCAGAGAAUGAGUACUCAGUGGAUGAUGAGUGCUUGGUUAAGCUGCUGAAAGGCCUCUGUCUGAAAUACCUGGGCCGUGUCCAGGAAGCUGAGGAGAAUUUCAGGAGCAUCUCUUCCAAUGAAAAGAAGAUUAAAUAUGACCACUACUUGAUCCCAAAUGCCCUACUGGAGCUGGCCCUACUGUUCAUGGAGCAAGGCAGAAACGAAGAGGCUGUCAAACUCUUGGAAACUGCCAAGCAAAACUACAAGAAUUACUCCAUGGAGUCAAGGACACAUUUUAGAAUCCAGGCAGCCAUACUCCAAGCCAAGUCUUCUCUAGAAAAUGGCAACAGAUCCAUGGUCUCAUCAGUGUCCUUGUAGUUUUACGCAGCACUCCCAGGUUGGAAGACAGAGACAGCUGGACAGAGCUCCUGGAAACAUUUCAAAAAGAUCUCCUCCCCCUGCCCUACCUUUGGGGUCCACCGGUGCUCCAGGGAUGGCAUGACAUAGGUAUCCAUGCAGAAGGGAAGCCGGCAUUUUCACCAGUGUGGCCAAGGGCCUUUACCAAGGACAGAGCAGGUAGAGCCCUCUGCCUGCCCUAUUACACAUACGGGUACUUGUUUUUCACUGUGAUGUUUAAGAGAAUGUAUGAACAGUUUACAUUUUCCUUAGAAAUAUAUUAAUGGGAUCACAGUUAACUAAAAAAACAAACACCACCACCUGUAAAUCUUUGUUUUAACCCACACUGGUCUGGAGGUAAACCUAUUUAUGAUACUUUUCAAAAUUCAGCAAUGUCUCCGCUUCCAGAGCCAGAAGGGCCAUCAGGGCUUCUGAGGGUUGGGUGUAGAGGUUGCACACUGACACCCACUACCUUACUUCUUAACCUUCAUUUCCACUCCCUUAGUCACUAUCCAAUUUAAAACAAAAUUGAAUGGAAAUUACUUCACUAAAAAGACAUGUUGAGUUCUUCCGUAGGAAAAAGAGAAAAAAGUCAAUCUACCGUUAAGGAAUGGGAGUUGCUGAGGCCUCACAGAAGGGGGGCUGUGUGGCCCUUUCUGUGCCAAAGCCAAGAAGUUUGUGGGGGAAGGUUCUCAGACACCAGUCCACAUCCUCACUGUAUGCCACACUAAAACUAGGAAUAAUUUACAAAACAAGAUUCUUUUGUACUUCACUAUGAGGUACAUUUUAUUUACUGACAGCAUUUUUCUUAGAAUGGUUAUUCCUGGCCUGUUGUGUAUGUUUUAGAUUUUUCAUUUAAGAGAAAGGAGAUAUUUAAGUAAUAAAACAUAUACUUAAGAGAUCAUGCAACAUCUAUUUCAGUAAAAUGUGUUGCUUGAAUUCUUGGGCAAGACAGAAAGUCUGAUCAGAAGCCAUAUGGCCCAGGUAUGUUUUAUUUAGACAACAUGAUGCCUUAAACGUUUUUAAAAUAAGUUAACAUUUAAAAAUGGGGAGAUUUCACAAAUAAAUCUGGUUUCUGGACUCUUAUUUAAGAAGAAAAUCUAAUCUGGCAACAUGGGGCUCAUCCCUUUAAGACAAUAAGGCAACAAUCAGUUGGAGCUGGGUAGAGGCUACUCUAAACACUUACAUUACCCUUCUGUCCCUAAAAGCAUCUGAAUUUCCAAACUCUGGGACUGUUACAGUGAAAACUCAAGUUCAGUGGCCAGACACUAAGCUUACCAUUCACAGCCUAAUGACAGCAUACUAUUUCCCUGAAGGAAAAAAAUCAUGUACAUAGUAAAUAUGCAUCUGUGAAAUGUGACUCCUAAAAUACAUGAAUGCAAUUUCUGUAAGGAAAGAACCACAAACAACUUUUCCAAUCUUCCAGCAUUGCUGGAUUUUUAGCAAACUUCUGAAUUUGCCAUGGGCUGGGUAGAUUAUUAACAUUUUCAACUAGCUGUCUGUGAAGUCACAGGUUUUAAGUAAAGCAAUAUUCUCAUUAGGAAAAGAAAGCAGGAAACCCUCAAUCAAGAUCCUCUUUUGCAUUUAGGGCAUAAAUGCUAUUAAAAACUUUUCUCAUUUUAUUAGACUACACCCAAGAAUGCUCUCUACCGACAGCAAGCCCUCUAUACGCUUGCUCUCUAAAGCCUGGAUUCUGGGAGACCAGCCUCUUUGUAGGUUGUUGGGCAGGGCAGGGUGAGAGGAAUGACUAGAACCAGGCUGCUGAAUAAGGGUGGCCUUCUGUGGUUCCUUCACAUAUUGGAAGGCUAAUACCUACUGCUGUAUU